GUCAGAGUGCCAGAUGCAGUACACACCACUGGAUCUGCUGAUACACAUCCUCUAAUGGAAAGCAAACUUAAAGCAUUCAGUAUUGGCAAAAUGAGUGCUGCCAAACGGACUCUGAGCAAGAAGGAGCAAGAAGAAUUAAAAAAGAAGGAGGAUGAGAAGGCUGCUGCAGAAAUUUAUGAAGAAUUCCUUGCUGCCUUUGAAGGAAGUGAUGGUAAUAAAGUGAAAACAUUUGUAAGAGGAGGAAUCGUUAAUGCAUCUAAAGAGGAGCAUGAAACAGAUGAAAAACGGGGUAAAAUCUAUAAGCCUUCAUCACGAUUUUCAGAUCAAAAAAAUCAACCAAGCCAGCCAUCUAAUGAGAAGCCUCCAUCCCUCUUAAUGAUAGAAACCAAAAAGCCUCCUUUGAAGAAAGGAGAGAAGGAAAAGAAAAAGAGUAAUUUGGAACUUUUUAAAGAAGAAUUAAAGCAAAUACAAGAGGAGCGUGAUGAAAGACAUAAAACAAAAGGUAGAUUGAGUCGUUUUGAACCACCCCAGUCAGAUUCAGAUGGCCAGCGUCGUUCAAUGGAUGCUCCUUCAAGAAGAAACAGAUCAUCUGGUGUACUGGAUGAUUAUGCACCCGGGUCACAUGAUGUUGGAGAUCCAAGCACAACAAAUUUGUAUCUUGGAAACAUUAAUCCUCAAAUGAAUGAAGAGAUGUUAUGUCAAGAAUUUGGACGCUUUGGACCAUUAGCGAGUGUUAAAAUUAUGUGGCCAAGAACUGAUGAAGAAAGAGCAAGAGAAAGAAAUUGUGGCUUUGUUGCCUUUAUGAACAGGAGAGAUGCUGAAAGAGCAUUAAAGAAUUUAAAUGGCAAAAUGAUUAUGUCGUUUGAAAUGAAGCUAGGUUGGGGUAAAGCUGUACCUAUACCACCACAUCCAAUAUACAUUCCGCCUUCUAUGAUGGAGCAUACCCUCCCGCCUCCUCCGUCAGGACUGCCUUUUAAUGCCCAGCCUAGGGAGAGAUUGAAGAAUCCUAAUGCUCCAAUGUUACCACCACCAAAAAACAAGGAAGAUUUUGAGAAGACUCUGUCGCAAGCCAUAGUCAAAGUGGUUAUCCCAACAGAAAGGAAUUUGCUCGCUUUGAUACAUCGAAUGAUAGAGUUUGUGGUACGGGAAGGGCCUAUGUUUGAAGCCAUGAUCAUGAACCGAGAAAUCAACAAUCCAAUGUUCAG